UCAGUCGGAUUCGCAGACCGACGAAAGUGAGCAGCAUCAGAUGAACAAAUCUGCAACUAGCAAGGACGAUAUCACGUUGUCCCAGAGGAAGAAAGGUUUGUUCAAACGCCGAAGCCUCGGAAACAUAUUUGGUACCAGCAGCCGAAAAACGCUCAAGAGAUACAUCAAGUCCGAGGAGGCUCUCACGGCCUUUGUGGGGUCUGACGUAGAGAAGCCAGUCCAUGACAGUUUCCCAUCUGCCUCGCUCGUCGCUCCUGAGCUGCCGAAGGUGCGGGCAUCAGGAAACUUUGGGAAAGAGUGUGUGAUCAUCACCGGAGAGCCACCCACGGUGCAACCGCCGAUUUGCCCAGGGAAGCAUACGCCACAAUUACUGGAAAUACAGACGGGAGAUGGUCAGCCCCCUUCCCUUGAUCUAGGAGAUGCCCUUGAGAAACGAAUUCCCGAUGUGUCGCUAUCAGCAUUGGCUUUGGCCAAGCAGCCUAGGUUCUUGGAUCUCAAAAAUCUCCUGGUAGACGCCUCGGCAGCAGCAGAUCUGAAUUUCAUCACAUCGGCCUUGGACAAGGAAAAUAGCAAGCAAAAGCAGGCGUCAAUGCCAUCCUCUACUGAUCAGCAUACGCACUCGGGGUCUGGAACACCGCAACCAGCCGAGGCGAAAAGACCGCUUGAGCAUGCCAACGAAGCGUUGAAGGCGGAAUCUGGUAGCAUGGCUGCGAGCGUCAUGGCGAAUGGUUCGACCUUCGCUGUCGUCCAACCUGAGAUGUCCAACAGAAUUCUACCUGCGGUAAAUACCGAGGCGACUGAUGCACCCUCCACUGUCUUCCCGGUCGAGAUGUCCAACAGAAUUAUACCCGUGGUGAACACCGCGCUGAGCAGGUUUCCUACCGAGUCCGACUCUCGGGAUGCCAUUGCCAGCACAGAGGCGACUGGCCCGAGAAUCAACGAGGUAACCUUUCGAGACGCCGCGAACACUCCAAUUGAGAAGACCGAGUUUGAACGAUCAACGAGAGAGCACAUAUUGAGAUCAUACGCUCAGAUUUCCGGGAAGACUGGGAGAGCGAUACUACUGUAGCUGGACUGGAGAAAGACAAUGUUCCAGGCACAACCCUGAUUCGCAAACAGUUAAACGACAGACAACCCCAACAAUGCCUAUCGUUACCAC